AUGCCAACUGGUGGCACGAUUUCCCAUGUAAUGGAGUAUCAUUGUCAAUAUACGGAUCAGUUAAGGAAGAAACGCAAAGCUUGGCAUGACGGGAAACUGAAGUAUUUCCAGCUAACAAACAAGUUCCAACUUUUUACUGAGGGAGGGAUUCUACUCUGCAGUGAAUUCGUGACUAAUAGUAGACAGUUAGGCAAUGUACUAGAUCAAGAGGGGUUCGGUAAUGUGGAGCAUCGCAUAUUUGGGUCAUAUGUUGUAAUAAUCUCAGAUUUGGAACGUGAAUAUGACAAUGAAAUUAAUCUGUACAGACCCCAUCACCAACCUAAAAUGCAGGCAUUAGGAAGAGUGAUGUUAAACUAUAAACGUACCGAUUCUUCUAUAAGUCCCAGCAAUGCAGUGGCCAACAAGGAACCUUCGGAUCAAACAUCCUGUAAUAUAACAACGGAUACAAACACCACUGCUCCUAUUACAAGGCAUACACUGUCGUUACAACUCAACAAGCCAUUUAAACCUCCAAAACUGGUUGGCAGUCCUACACUAAAGCCAAAUGCAUUAAUGGCACCAAGAAAAAAAGCCAAAACAGUCCAAGCAUGCGUUAGAACAUCCGAGGCGACCCCCAGCAUGACGCUAGCUUUCAAUAAGCCUUACAGGGCCCCGAGGAUGAAAUCUUGCCCCAUACAACAACUCAAGACGGAAGACGACUUUCCAACUACACAGACAAGCAAACGGUCACAAGCAUAUUAUUCCCAGCCUUCCCCCCACACAAAAUCCACAUUUGGAACCUCGCAACAUUCUGUCGACCACGAGAGCCCACAAAUCCAUAAUUCUUCUGAUCCACCAAAUAAUCAUAUAGCCCUCACCAAUCGUGUCCAGUCGAGGAAGCGAACUAUAUCUCAUGAUCCUAUUACCCUCAACUAA